AGACAGGGAGUGGUUUUCAGAUGUCUGCUCAAAAUGCUGUGAAUCUAUUAGACAUUAUAAGAGCUGGGUUUCUUCAGAAGGGUGUUAAAGAAAGACUACGCCUUUACCAGAUGAAUUCUUUCUGUACAUGAAAACUUAUGCACAUCUACCUUUCACUGAUGAGGAUACAUAUUUUCUAAGUCAGUCUCCUGCUUACACUGAGAUUUGUUCAUUGUAUUUGAUAUACAGUCAGAUGAGAACCCAUAAUACAAGAAUAUUAUAACUUGGAUGAUUCUAUUACAACCUGAUUCUUCUCCCGCCUUAGACACUCUUGAGGAAAAACUAAACUAUGGCUGUGACCCAUUAUAUCAUCAUUGGACUGUGUCUUCUGGCCUUCCGGGAUGCCAAAGAACAAGCAGAAAAAGGAGAACAAGAACAUGGGAACAAAGGUGGUCAAGAAGAAGAAAUUAAAGCAGCCACAGCAGUGAUCUACGGUGAUAUAAAAGAAGCAAAUCCAAACAGUACUGCUGUUCACAAGAUUGCAACGUUUGCUGUAGAUGAGUUCAACAAAGGAAAUAAAACCAAACGCCUUUUCAAGCUCACCAAGAUACUGUCUGCAAAAUAUCAGGUUGUGUUUGGCAUAAGAUACAGUCUGAAUGUUGAAAUGGGAAAAACAAAGUGUAAGAAAGGAGAGAUGGCAGACGUGAUUAAUCUGGAAUCCUGCCCACUGAUUCCACAGCAAAAACUGCGUUCCUGCCAUUUUGAAGUUCUGAAUGUUCCAGGACGUGAAUUAAAUCUGCAGCAUACUAAAUGCAGGUAGAUAAUUACCUGUAGCCAGGAAGGCAGCAGCUUUGAAAUGAUAUACCAUAGCAUGGUAGAGGCAUCACAACAGAUCUGUUUCCUUCAGUUCUUUUUCUUGACACCAUAUAAAGUAAUACUUGCAUCGAAUUGCUUAAUUAUAUCAUAGUUUUUGCUAUUUCUUUCCAACUUUUCUGUUUCUAUAUAUGAUUAUAUGAUUGUUUAAGCUGUCAGUCAUCUGUAAUAAUAAAAUAUGUUAGUUACUCAAA